CCACUGAUAGUGGGUGUGGCUGAUGUGGGUUGGAGGAGCCUUGAGGCAUAAGAGGAUGUUUGGAUACAGUCAGAGGAUCAGAAGUGUUUUGUCUGCAGUAAGGAGAGAUACAAAGUGACUCAUCAGAGCUUUCUAAAGAAGGUGCCCUUUUUUGCACUGAAAAGAUGAAGCUUCUUCUCGCACUGUCUGUGAUUCUGGUUACAUUCUGCGUAUUAACAGAAUGCAAACCUUCAGAAGCAGAUGCAGAAUCGAAGACCAUCAAGGAUCACCUUGAAACUGCAGGUACUGCAAUAAAAGAUUUUGGAACCAAAGUGGGAGAAAAAACCAAGGAUUUUUUCAAGGAUUUGCACAACAGUGAGCCUAUGACUAAGACAAGGAACUGGUUCUCUGAAACUUUCAAGAAAAUAAAGGAGAAGGUGUCCAGCUCUGACUAAUACACCUAGACGUGACCAGCAAGAUUCCACCCCAAGAGACCUUCAUGUUCUGACCACCAAUGUGCCUUGUAAUGUUGUUCCAGUCAUGUCAGCCUAAUGGCGUAUCCCCACUGAUCUCCAUUAACAAAUAAAGUUAACAUUUAUUA